CUGAUAUUACGGCUAGCCGUUUCCGCCGACGUUUGAAAGACCAAUCUGCUGCACUGUUUCUAUUGUAACUAGUGUUUCUGAUGAUUCAGACAGAUACAGGGGACUGUUGACUGGUAGCAGCCUAGCCAUGUUCUUAAACACCGCUUCUAUUCGUCUCCUGUGUUGUGGCUUGCUUGUGACCAGGACCGGAGCCACCGUCGGCUAGCUCGGUAGCUAGCUACCUCACAUCUCCUGCUUGUGCUUCUUCCUUGUGACUACGUUGGGCUCUGACUUUACCUGGACUCUAGUUUUUGUCACAUUCCGUGUAACCACAAUUAUUUGAAGAAACCGCUCCACAUAUGUUUUGAGUGAUGGAACUAACCCGGCAGUUAUCUGGCUAACUUUGAAGAAACAUUUAGCGUUAGCCACCUAGCUACGUAACUCACGCAAGCUAGUUAUUCUGCUGUUGGGGAUAUAUACUUUUUUUUGUUGCUUGGUGUCGUUACAAAGGAAGGCAACCCCGCCGACGUCGGCUGAUUUUUCUUUUUCUUUUUCCCAAAAAAGAGAUUGAGCUUUUAUUUCUCAAACGGGUUGUUUUUGUUUGCUUGCCACGAUGGCCUCUUCCUCUGGAAAUGACGACGACCUCACUAUUCCUAGGGCAGCUAUCAACAAGAUGAUAAAAGAAACCCUUCCCAAUGUACGAGUGGCCAACGACGCCAGAGAGCUUGUGGUUAACUGUUGCACAGAGUUCAUACAUCUCAUAUCGUCAGAGGCAAAUGAAAUAUGCAACAAAUCCGAGAAAAAAACUAUAUCCCCUGAGCACGUUAUCAAUGCUCUUGAGAGCCUCGGUUUUGCUUCAUACAUCACAGAGGUGAAAGACGUCCUACAAGAGUGUAAAACCGUUGCGCUGAAAAGACGAAAGGCAAGCUCUCGACUUGAGAAUCUUGGCAUUCCCGAGGAGGAGCUGCUCAGACAACAACAGGAAUUGUUUGCCAAGGCACGUCAGCAGCAAGCAGAGCUGGCCCAGCAGGAAUGGUUGCAGAUGCAACAGGCUGCCCAACAGGCACAGAUGGCAGCAGCAUCCGCCAGUGCAGCGCAGCAGGCUGGUUCAUCCCAGGAUGAGGAUGAAGAGGAUGAAAUGUGAUCCGUGGUCACUGUCAAAUCUGGAUAAAUCUCUUCCUUAGACAGUGUUGACACAAAUCAACUAGCGCUGUCGUUGGCAGAAUACCAUGAUGUGUUUGGACACCUGAUAUCCGUCAGCCUUGCUUCAGAAAUACAUAUUGGUUUGAACAAUUUCAUCAAAGAUAAGGGAUUUCUAGAUAAACCAAGUUUAAGUCACUUGGUCAAUCACUUUGUCAAGUGUUUGGAAAGCAAAUAUUUGGAUUAAGAUGCUGUUACAAAGCUUCUGAUUCAUCUCAUCUCCCCUUUUCCAUUUAAAUUGAUUUUUUUUGUCUUGGAAUUACGUUGAGUGAUUGGUAGAGUUAGAGUUAAAUUGUGGUUACACUGAAGACAGUGUUCAGAGCGUGUCAGUGAUGUUUGCCUGUAAUGCAGCAACUGUUCACUUAUUCACGUACUGCUCCUUUAGCUUGUUUGUUAUCCCUUUUAGGUUACUUCAAUGGCUUAGGAGAACAGCUCUGUUUUGAAUUCAGAGAAACUAAUUGCUCUUUUCCUGGUCCCUUUUAACAGUUAUUUUUUACAAAAAAAAAUACCCCUCCCACUAUAGUUGUUCAAGCAAGGAUCCUUCUCGGGGUUGUGAAUGCGAUUUCAAACUUUUUUGUUAAAUGGCAAAUUAUGAGGACGUUUUGUUUUAGCUCUGCCAUACAGUUUCUGGUGCAUAUUCUUUCUUUCAACCACAGUAUUAGUAUAAUUAGCGCCACCCACCAGAAUCUACAAAUUUUUGACUCAUAGAACCAAAGACAGAAGACAAACUAACGCCCAAGGGUUUGGGAUUUUCUAAGGUGUAGGUGCUAUGUGAUGCCUGGUUGACGAUUGCAUCCGAGGUAAUGUACACAUGUAAAGGAUCAAACUGUCACGUUGUAAAAUGCUUUGAUAUGACCGGUUUGAAUUUGCUAUUUUCCCGUCUCCGAUGCCAUAUCAAUCAUUUGCAGUGUGACUGCGGUAAAUCCUCCUUGUAAAGAUGACGUAGUUGUGAUACACUUUCACUUGCCUAUUACAAAGUUGAAUUCUUUGAGCAAUAAAGGAAACGUGUUUUAUAGA